UUGACUAUUAUAUUUGACUUUGAAAACAUGCUGAUAACAAUUCAUUGUUUUUUGUUUUGUAUGAAUGAGUCGACGCUGAUUUUAAAUUGUACCUAAUUAUAAAAAUUAAAUUGUGCAGUACGUAAGGUACGUAGUUUUAAAUUUCAGUCCAAUUGUUUCUUAUAACUAAAAAUGAACAUUACGUGAAAUGCUCAGUUCUCCUAGAGAAAAGAUUCCAGCUCGUUGAAGUCAAACUUCGGUUAUAAAUUCGUCAAGGUUGUUCUACCGGCAUAGACUAUAGUACCAAUUUUCACUUAAAUUCUAUCACAGAAGAAUUAAUUUCUAACAAAUAAUUCAUAUUAAAAAACUAAUGCAGCUUUGAAGUGAAACUUUCGAAGCUUGGUAGGAUUCAAUGAUAUUACAUUUUACCUGGUGAGUGGAGACUGUUUCCUCCAAACGAGUCAAACUUCAAUAAUUUGCAUCUUAGCAACUGAAUAAAUUGUUCGAAGUAACGUUUUGUAAAACGCAGAAGUUGAAAUUCUAUGUGUUUCCUGAAUGAUAAUUUCUUUCGUUGGGUAACUUUACGAUUUCGUAUGUUUUCAUCAAGAAUGACUUUAAACAGUUCGAUGAAGAUGCUCUUUCGGAUGUAAAUGCUCAUUAAAGAAUAAUUUCUCGCUGGGGUUCUAAAAGUUUUGAUCGUUGAGCAGCACUUCGUUGAAUUUUUGGGUUGAAAGCAGCUGCAUCACUCGAGUUUCAACAUGUUUUCUAUCUUACGAGGACGUGCUCAUCUCCCGAAGAGAUUAUAUUUAAUCCAUAGCGGUAGAGUCACGAAAACAGUGCCCAAUUUACGAAUUUAUGUGGAUUUUUCUAAAAACAUUUCUUAUAUACAAAAAGGUAGUAGCUCGCGAAAUCAUUGUGAUUCUUCAAAGCAGGUGCUUCAUACUCGUAAUGAUAUUUUAAAACCAGUAUCUUUUAGUUUGCCCAUCCAUCCCGAUUUUUCUCAAAAAUCGCGACACAAUCACGCGAAUAGCGAAACAAAAAUAUUUUCUACUUAUCAAACACACUCCGAUUUUUCUAAAAAGUUGUCUUCCACAAGCAGAGAUCAGAUGGAUCAGAUAAGCACUCUGGUUGAAGAAUGGACAAAGCGUUACGAUUCUUUGGGCAAACUCGAUGCUAAUAUUGCCUGCGGUACUUUGAAUACUCUGUCAAGAUUUCAUAUUUUUGAUAAGAAAUGGAAUGAGAAAGAUCAGGAAAACUUCAAAGUACUGAUUGUUCAAAUAGUAAUAAAAGCGAAUCAAUUAUUUGACACGAAUCGUCAAUCUGUUAAUAAAUUAAAACCGUGGCAAAUCGCGAAUACCUUGAAUGCGCUGUGUGCUUGGAAUGUAUUUAGAAAAGAUAUCUGGAACGUUACCAUUCAAGUGCACGGUAAAGAAACGAGCGAAGUCCAGCUAUUCAAGUCUGUCAUCGUUAAACUAAUCAAUCAAGGAAACAGUUUACUAGAUCCUAGAAACAAGACAGUCGACCAGUUUGAUUUUCAGGCUGUAACCAACUGCUUGAAUGCUUUGUCCAAAUGGAACAAGAAUGAGUUAGAAGGAGCUAGCGAGUUCGUCGUUAAAUUAAUGAAACAAGGUUGUAUUGUGGCCAGUGAAUCCGCUUCAACGCAGCGUAAUAUGGAAGAUGAAAAACACAUUUGUAUGGGAGUCAUGAAAACCUUGAAAGCUAUGUCUAAAUGGCACAACGAGGAAUUACAAGGAUCUAGAGAGUUUAUCACUCAAGUACUUGUAAAAGGAACUUCACUCGCCAAUAAAUUCAACUCCAUAGAGAUCGCCAAUGGUCUAAACGCCUUAUCUAAAUGGAAGAUCAAUGAUUUUCCAGAAGCCAGAAGCUUCAUCAUUCUGCUAAUCAAAAGAGGAAACGUGAUUAUCGAUCAAUUCAACUGUCAAGGAGUUUCCAAUUGUUUGAACGCUCUGUCGAAAUGGAAUAUCAAUGAAUUACAAGGCUCCAAAGAAUUCGUAUCUCAAUUAGUUAAACGUGGAAGUGCUACGGCCAAAGGAUUUAAUGCUCAAGAAGUUUGCAAUAGUUUGAACGCUGUGUGUAAAUGGAAUAUUAAUGAAAUACAAGGAACUCGAAAAUUUAUUGUCGAGUUGGUAAAAUGCGGAAAUCUAACGGUGAAUACGUUUAAUUCGCAAGCAGUUUCCAAUACUUUAAACGCAUUUUCCAAGUGGAACAUCGAUGACUUCGAAGGUGCUAGAAAAUUCAUCAAUCAGCUAAUUGAACGAGGAAGUUCUACGAUCGAUGGAUUCGAUUCUCAAGAAAUUGCCAACAGCUUGAACGCUCUUUCGAAAUGGAACAUCGAUGAGUUGGAAGAAGCUGAGAAAUUCAUCAUUCGAUUGAUAAAGCGAAGACAUUCAACAGUCGACAAGUUCAAUUCUCUAGACAUCGCUAAUAGUUUAAAUGCCUUUUCCAAAUGGAAUGUUUACGAAUUGGAGGGAUCGAAAGAGUUCAUCAUGGAGCUAAUAAGAUGCGGAAAUUUACUCGUCAACGAAUUCACUCCUGUGGAAAUUGCAGGCAUUCUGAAUGGUCUGUCAAAAUGGAACAUCGACGAUUUUUUCGGAACUAGAGAAUUCAUUGAUCUAUUAAGCGAACGAGGUUGUUCAACAGUUGACGAAUUCCAACCUCAAGAAAUUGCCAAUAGUCUUAAUGCCUUGUCAAAAUGGAAUAUUAAUGAAUUGCGAGGAGCUAGGGAAUUUAUUGUUCGCUUAAUAAGGCGAGGGCAUUCAACAGUCGACAAGUUCAGUUCUAUAGACAUCACUAGUAGUUUAAAUGCUCUAUCGAAGUGGGAUAUUGAAGAAUUCAACGGAUCAAAAGAAUUCAUCGUGCAGCUGAUAAGAUGUGGAACUUCACUCGUCGACGAAUUCGAUCCUCCACAAAUUGCAAGCAAUCUGAAUAGUCUGUCGAAUUGGAACAUCGGUGAUUUUCAAGGAGCUAAGGAGUUCGUCAAUCUAUUGGUUAAACGAAAACGAGGUUGUUAACAAUUGAUGAAUUCCAACCGCAAGAAAUUGCCAACAGUCUGAAUGAAUUUUUUAAUGUGAAAUACAAUACAUAUUAAUGAAUUUCGAGGAACUAGAAAAUUUAUUAUUCGAUUAAUUAAUGUGGGAGGUUUAAAAUUGAAUAUCGAACACUUUUUAAAUGCAUAAAAAUGAAAACAAAUUUUUUUCUGUUCUGUUCUAAUUGUUUUUAAUCGCCUGUAUGUUAUUUUUAUAGUCUACUUGUAUGUAAAUUCCAGAACUUCUCAUGUUGUUAUUUUUCAAUGUUCGUUUCGUUAUUUUUUUUGUUCAUUUAUUAUUAUUUGCAUUUACCGUAUGUAAUUUUUAAUAAAUCGAUUAAAAUUGAAAC